AGCAUCAGCUAUCCAGGGUUUAUAUACAUCAUUGGUUUCCCCCCUUAGUUCUCUUUGUUUGGACUGGUGUGAACACGGGAUUUGGGAGUGCACUAAACUACACACCGUGGUUGGCUCGAAAAGAGUGGUCUUGGUCGGAUUCCAUUCGUACCGUGGUACAGUUCGCUGCAGGACCAUCCCAUCAGACUCUCCUCCACCUGCAGCUCCAGGACUACUGCACCUUCCCAGUUGAUGACUGGCUCCCCUGACUUGAUGGAUAAAGUGGCAGGCGGAAAGUACUCUGUGAUGCAGUCCCAGCAUGUUUUUUGGGGUGAAGACAAUGUCGCACGGGACAACCAUGUCACGUUGCCACGACAGCAAUGUCACCUGGCCCUCUCUGCAGUGACCCUGCACAGCAAAGGAUGCUGGGAAAUAGCAAACACUAUUAUCCCGGGGAGGACGACAAGUAUGGGGAGGAUGAGGAAGAGGAAGAGGAGCAGGGACGAGAGAACAGAAAGGGGGAGAGUAGAGAGAAGGAGAAUGGAGGGAUAGAAGGGCUCGAAGAGAUGGAGAUAAAGGGAGGCAGACAAUCACGCGACGGUAAAUGGGAGGGAAGUAAACCCUCUGCCAUUGUGGUUGGAAGACAGAGAGGAGACCGGACACUGAGACUAGCCAAUCCAAGAAAUAGAGGCAUCCCUUAUACAUCCAACCAGGCCCCCCAUAAGCAGCAACACCAUCUCAUCCCAGCCAAUCAGCAGCAGUAUCACCCGGCCCCGUCCACUCAGACCCAGAAGAGACGAGCUCACAUGGAGCGCAGUAUGACCACAGUGGCACCCAUAGAGGACACUCACCUGACCAUGAUGGUGUUCCGCAUUGGAAUCCCUGACAUCAAACAGACAAGGUGUCUGCAGUUUGACCCUGACUUCACGGUGUGGAGCGCCAAGCAGCAGGUCGUCUGUUCGCUGAACGAGCCACUGUGGGACAUCUACAACUACGGCCUCUUCCAGCCCGCCGGAGAGGGACGAGACGCCAUGUUCCUGGAGGAGGAGCGCUGCCUCCGAGACUACCCACAGUCCUUUGAGAAAGGGGUGCCUUAUCUGGAGUUUAGGUACAAGACCAGGGUAUACAAACAAACAAACCUGGAUGAAAAACUACUUACUAAACUGCACACGAAGGCAAGUCUGAAAAAGUUCAUGGACUACAUUUCGAGUGGAUCAUUAGAUAAGAUGUCAAAGGUCCUGGACAAAGGCCUCGACCCAAACUACCAUGACCCUGGCAAUGGAGAGUCCCCUCUGUCUGUGGCGGUGCAAUCUGGUAUGACAGUGGAGGGGAUCAGGGCGCUCGUUCAGGGUGGGGCCCAUGUCGACUUUAGAACCAGAGAUGGACUGACAGCUGUACACAAGGCUGUCAGGGCACACAAUCACGUUGCGCUGCUGGCUCUACUGUCCCUGGGAGCGUCUCCUGACUACAAAGACCGAUGUAGCCUGACCCCGCUGUACCACUCAGUGCUGAUAGGUGGCGACACCUCCUGCUGCGAGACCCUACUCUACUACAGGGCCAGACUGGGAGUGAGGGAUGAAAACGGCUGGGAGGAGUCUCACCAGCUCAGGGAUGAAGAGGAAUUUGGAAUGCAAGAAAUACACAAGGCCUGCCAGAAUGGUUUUGCCCAGCACCUGGAGCACCUUCUGUUUUAUGGGGCAGAUACCACUUCUCAGAAUGCCUUAGGGAAUACCGCACUUCACAUUUGUGCCCUGUAUAAUAAGGAAAGCUGUGUUCGUGUUCUGCUCUACAGAGGGGCCAAUAAGGAAAUGAAGAACAAGCAUGGACAAACCCCGUUUCAGGUAGCAGUAAUGUCAGGCCAUUUUGAAAUCGGGGAAAUCAUCAAAAACCACAGAGAUGCAGAUGUAGUGCCCUUUCUGGAAUUCCCAAAGUAUGCUCCCAAAAAGAGGAGAGAGUGCACUGCUAACAGUGAUAACAGCAUGACCCUGCCUGAUACCAUGGCCCUGCCCAACAAGGCUGCUAGAUCCAAUCCCGUCCCUGGACAGGGUCGCAGGGCCUCUGUAGGUGUGAGGAGCUCCAGCAGUCCCAGGGCCCGUACCCGCUCCCCAUCACGAGGAAGAGGAGGAGGACAGAGUGACACAGAGGAGAGGCAUCACAGCAAACCACAGCGCGGUAGACAGGGUGUGACCUCAACGGGUAGUGGCGGGGGAUCAGCUGGGGGUCAGAUGAGGCGUAUGUACAGUGCGGUCCCAGGGCGAGUGUACGUGGCCACAAGGGCCUACACUGCCCAUGGAGACAAAGAGCUUAGCAUCAGCAAAGGAGACAAAGUCAAAGUGUUGAGUGUGGGAGAGGGGGGGUUCUGGGAGGGCACAGUGAAGGGUCGUACAGGCUGGUUCCCCUCAGACUAUGUGGAGGAGGUGGGUCCUCCCAUUAAGGACAAUCGAUCAGAGACACGCAGUGAGAAAGCCAAGAGGAAGCUGUUUCGUAAUGUUACCGUGGGAGCAUAUGAUGGUGUGGAUGGCCCCAGUGACUACAUCAUUAAGGAGAAGACAGUGCUCCUGCAGAAGAAAGACAAUGAGGGCUUUGGCUUUGUGCUUCGGGGAGCCAAAGCCCAGACUCCAAUAGAGGAGUUCACUCCGACCCCAGCAUUCCCUGCGCUGCAGUACCUGGAGUCUGUGGAUGAGGGGGGUGUGGCCUGGAGGGCUGGCUUAAGGAUGGGGGACUUCCUUAUUGAGGUUAAUGGUCAGAACGUAGUGAAGGUAGGCCACAGGCAGGUGGUCAACAUGAUCAGACAAGGUGGCAACGCUCUAAUGGUCAAGGUUGUCAUGGUGGCCCGCAACCCGGAGAUGGAGGAGACCAACCCCAGGAAGAAAGUCCCCCAACAGGCUAAGAGGCUGACUCCUCCUGCCAUUGCCCUGCGCUCUAAAUCAAUGACAUCAGAGCUGGAAGACAUGGUGGAGAAAGCUGCCUCUCCAUGGAAAAAGAAAGCAGAGUACGAGUCCUCCCAGGUGCCUGAUAAGAAGAGGACAGUCUAUCAAAUGGCACUGAAUAAACUGGAUGAGAUCCUGGCAGCAGCUCAGCACACAAUCACAUCAGAUGGACAGGGACAGCGGGGUCACGGAGGGAAGAGAGACCGAACCAAGAGCAUCGCCCCCAAUGAGCCAAGUCAUGACCAGUUGGUUGGUGUGGUGCCGUCUGGGUUUGGCUACAACCAGGGUCAAUAUCCCCCCGGCCAGCCGCAUGGAGUAAUGCUGCGACAGAAAUCUAUUGGUGUGAUGGAGGAGGAGAGGCAGUACCUACACAACCCGGCCAUGAAACUGACCCGAAGUCUGUCAGAGGAUAUCCCCCCUCCCCCCAGCACAUCCGCCCCAGAACCCCCCUUAUCUGCUGACCCCCAUACUGUUUGGAGGGGGGAGCAGUCUGCCCCCCAGCCCCCAUCCUCCCAGGCCCAGGCCCAGGCCCAGCAGCAGGCAGGCUGGGACAGGGGAGGGCCUGGCGGGGCCAAUCAACAGCACGGCAUGGCCCCGACCCUCCGGAGAGGAGGAGGACAAUACACAGGGGAGCCCCCGGAGGGGACGAAGAGAGGAGGGGGGAAAAUGGGGGCGUUGAGGAGGGGCUACAGUAGUGGUACUCCACCCACGAGCGCAGCUCCCAAAACCCAACAGCAACCCCAGCAGCAGCAGCAGCUGCAGCAGCAGCAGCAGCAGCAGACCCAGCAGCACCAACAGCAGCAGCAAGUGGCGACCCGGGAGAGGGGCGGGGCAGUCAGGGGCGGGGCAGGCAGGAAGGGCGGGAGGGGCCCUCUAGUGAAGCAGCCCACAGUGGAAGGCGGGCUCAGCAGGCAACACCGAGGGGGGCAGGGCCAGGGGGGUAAGCGCUCAGGGGCCAAAGAGAAGAGCUCCAUCCCCAUCCCCACCAUCAUAGUCAAGGCCCCCUCCACCAGCAGUGGCAGUGGCCGCAGCAGCCAGGGUAGCAGCGUGGAUGCCGAGCAGCCGCCUCCUGACAUAGACGAUCCUACCUCCCCCACCACCACCCCCGACACCCCCAUCAGCCCCGGCCUGCCUUCCCCCGUGGCCCCCUCAUCACCCCAGCCCCCUGUCUCUUCUGCCAUGCCCCCUUCGACUGUUGCCCCCCAGCUGCCCCCUAACCUGGAGAAUCUGGACUUCACCAACCAGUUCAGGGGGGCCUUCGUCGGGGCAGCACGCCGGGACCGGGAACGUUUCCGGGACAUGCGGAGGAAGAGUGCUUCCUUCUUCCUCUCCUCCGAAGAGGACAUCCAAGGGGAGGCAGGGGGAGGUGAAGGGGUAUGGACCCAGCCCCUACAGGGGAUGGGGAUGGAUGUCCCCACCCCCCGCCUCCGCCCCUCCAAGUCCAUUGACGAGGGCAUGUUCUCUGGGGACAAUUACGUCCACUACGCCAGCAGCAUGCCCCCUGCCUUCGGGCUGCCUGAGUACCACUCCCCUGUGAUGGGCCAGGACGGCCAGCCCAAGUCCGCUCCCUCCAACUAUGGCCAAGGCUCUCCAGCCACCACCUUCAUCCACCCUCUGACUGGGAAGGUCCUGGACCCCUCGUCCCCCCUGGGCCUGGCGCUGGCUGCACGGGAGAGGGCCCUCAAGGACGACCGGAGGACCCGGCGGGAGGAGCGGCACUUUGGCCGGCAAAUGUCCAGCGUGGGGGUGUUUCCUACCUCUCUCCCAUCCCCCACGCCGUCCCUGUUCCCCGCCACCACCUCCCCCACCUCCCUGAGCCGCCCGCAGUCACCCAGGAUAUUACGCUUGGGAGGUGAAGGGGGAGGAGAGAGAGUGGAGAGGGACCAGGUGGCCGGAGCCAGAGAGGGCCUCAGAGUUCGCUUUUCAGAGGACAGAACCAACCAGUACCAGACCCAGUAUUAUCAACAGAGUCUUAGAGACAGGGAGCCACCUGGUCCGCCCAUGCAGCCGCCCGGCCCGCCGCCUCAGCCUGCACCCCGCAGACCCUCGUUCCUGCAGAUGGAGAGCAGUACAAACUCUAGCUACAUCUCCCAGUACCGCCUACCCGCAGCUCAAGCCCACCCACAUGAAGGUGGGGGAGAGGGAGGAGGAGGAGGAGGACUGGGGCUCAUGGUUCUUCCACCGCCCGCCCCCUCGAUAGACAUAGACGAUGAGUUUGUCUUUGUUGACCCCCUACCCCCUCCCUUGCAGUUCGCCAAUGGCCAAGGCCAAAGAGAACUGCAGAGGGGAUACUCUCAACAGCAUCAACACUCAGCUCAACACGCCCCUCCCGCUAUGCCACCCCCGCCGCCCCCCCUCCCCUCCCCUAAAGUACCUACACAAGGAGGCUUCGCCUCCAACGCCCCCCUCCCCUCCCCUAAAGUACCUCCACAAGGAGGCUUCGCCUCCAACGCCCCUCUCCCCUCCCCCCAGACUGGGGACUCUGCUGCCUCCAGCCUCACGUCCUACGACAGUGAGGUGGCCAACCUCACCCAGUCAGCUCUGUCUCCCUCCCUCCCCUUGCCCCAGAUAUUCCCCCCUUCCUCCGCCACCACAGUCGCCACCAUUUUACCCGCCCCCUCACUCCACAGACCCCAGCCCAUGUCCCAUGCAGACCCCUUCUUCAGUGGCCCCAACAUACCGGUUAACCCUGCUAAUAUGGGGGCCUCUGCUUCCCCAAUGAUCUUAGCACAGGACCGAGGCGCAGCUACCCUCACUACGACUAUGACCUACGCCACCACGAUGACCGUGACCGCCGCCGCCACCACUACCACAGCCUCUGCGGCGUCUUCAGACUACAAUGUAGCUGUGACCGCCCCCAGAAUCGCCGUCAGUGCUGUGGGCAAGGCAGGCGACCACCACCCCUCCAUGAUGAAGACUGGAGACUGGCAGACGGAGACGGUGGUGGACUCUGGGAUUGAGGAGCUGGACAGCAGCGACCACCAUCUGGAAAUACUGGGAGUGAGCAGACUGAGGGGAGAGAGAGGAGGAGGAGGAGGAGGAGUGGAAGGGGAGAGAGAGGGUGGCGAGCACCCGGAUCCUUACAUGACUUACUCAGGUGGACAAACGUUUGAAGCGCACCACACCAAAUACACUGCCAACCCCCCGGUGUAUCCAAAGACGAUGCAGUACAAAGAGGGUGGUAUCAAGGACACAAGGGAAGCGUUGCGUCGACAGGCAAGCACCAAUCCGCCCUACCAGAGCACCCCACCACACCCCCAGAGACAGGCCAACCCAGAGGAGGAGGCCAGGAGAGGAGAGGGAGGAGCAGCGGACGAGAGGAAACAACGCAGACAGAGUCGAUCCAAGAUGGAGGAUAGCUUCGGUUCCACCCUGGCUGCCUGUCUGGAGCGGCCCAACACCCUGGAGCCAAGACCCUUGUCCUGGAGCGAGGGGGUCGAACCGGGGCAGGGCCUGGAGCGAGGCGGGGGUGGGAUGUCUGUGGAGGGGCGCAGGCUGCACUCCCCCCUCUCGGGGGUAAAGGCCAGCAUCAUCAACGAGCUGAGCUCCAAGCUGCAACAGAUGAGCAAUAAGAGCACGGAGGACUGGAGUCAGUCUGAGAUGCGAGGUCCGAGUCCCAUUAAUCCGAGGUCGCCCACAAUGCAAAGAUAUUCAGGGGAUUUCGCUGCCUCGUUUCAGAGCCCCCCCACAGGUCACUCCACUUCCCCCUUACCCACCUCCUCCCCGCAGCAUCGCCCGUCAAUCUUCACCCCCAAUCUCAUUGCCACCCCCUCCGGCUCGCCCUCCCACCAGCCCCCACUGCAGCCCAACUGGAUCCACUCCCCCUCUCCCCAGAUGCCCACCUCCCCCUCUCACUCCUCCCACCCUCCUCUCUCCCCCACUUACUCCCCCUCUCAAUCCCACCCGCCUCUCUCCCCCACCUACUCACCCUAUCCCACGUCCCCCAAACAUCGCACUAAGUACCGUGGAGCCAAGAUUUUUGACUUCCAGUCUACCCCUGGUCCAGAGCUGAGAUCGUCUAUGUCCCGCCGGCGCGCUCCCAGCCCCCUCAUCUACUCCACAGACCGCCCAAGCCCCGCACCUCCCAGACCCUCCUCCCUCCCCAUACUCCCCAGCACCCCUGUCUACAACACCCCCUUUGAUUUCCCCAUUCCCCUAACUCCCUCAUCCCCAGGUCACACCCUAGGAGACCCCUACAACCCCUCCUCCUCUCCUCUCUUUCCCACAUCCCCACAACCUCCCAGCGUCCUCCUGGUCUCCCGCUCCCUCUCCCCCACCCAGUUCCUCUCCGGCGCCUCCUCACCCUCCAUGCACCUGCCCCCCUCUCCAUCCUGCCUCAGCUACCCCCACCUCACCCCUCCUCCCCCUGCCAAGCCCUUCGCCAUUAAGCCCCUGUCCUACUGGACCAAGUGGGACGUGGCCGACUGGCUGGCCUACCUGAACCUGGGGGAGCACCGGGAGCGCUUCCUGGAUAACGAGAUUGACGGCUCCCACUUGCCCUCCCUCACCAAGGACGACUUCCUGGACCUGGGGGUGACGCGCGUCGGCCACCGCAUGAACAUCGAGAGAGCGCUGAAGAGACUGACUGACAGGUGAGGGAAGAACGGCAGAGUCAAUGACAGAGGCUACAUGUCAGCCAGGGGGCAAGUGGAAAUAAAGAGAGAGAAAAAGAAGGACCGGAUGGAGAAGGAAAGACAAGUGCCUCUUUCCUUCCCUGCGAGCCAGAUGAGUCCAUCCCCUUCCCUUUUUAGUCGCUAAGCAUUUAUCCUUAGAGUUAAUUUGAUACGUUAUUCCAUCUCUCCCUCUCUCUCUCUCUCUCUCUCUCUCUCUCUCCCUCUCUCUCUCCCCCUCUCUCUCUC